CCUUCGCUGUAAAGUAUUGCGCUUCGGACUCUCAGCUCAGCAUCAUGAGUGUGGCUACAGUCUGCCUCGCUGUCCUGACGCUCUCCUUCCCAGCACUUUGUAAUGGGAGCCCACUGUACGUGAUGACCGCGCCCAACGUGCUGCGGGUUGAAAGUGAUGAAAACGUUGUCGUCGAAGCUCACGGUGUCGCAGAAAACAUCGAGGUUGAAAUUCUGGUGCAAGACUUUCCCGCUAAGAGACAGAUCUUGUUCACAAGCAAGACUGCUCUGAAUGGAGGUAACAAUUACCUGGCCACAAAGUCUAUCAAG